AUGGACCAUUUAAUGCCACCUUCAUUUCAUAACCAUUUAAAGAAUUUUGUUGUAGCUGCCAAACAAUAUUCAUAUUGCCAUGAUGAAUCAUCUUAUAAUGGAGUUCUCUGUUCAUUACAAAUACUUGGGCAACAAGAAUUUGUUUUUAAUUCUAAAGAUACAUUAAGACAUGAGUUUUGUAUUAACUUAUAUGAACUGAUGAGGAAUAUUAAUGACGAUUCUGAGAUUAUGUGGGCUGCUGUUAAUUUAUUGCAAUCUAUUGUAAAACAAGGAUUUUUUCAAAACACAAUACUAAACAAUAAUGAAUUUACACUAAUUCUAACAAAAUUACUAAAAGAUGAAUUAUCAUUGGAUAAAAAAAUUAAAAUACUCAAACUACUUCAGGAAUUGACAUAUAGAAUGAAAAUACAAUGGCAGGAAGGCCAUUCAUCUGAACUAAUAAGUCUGUUGGUAAAAUGGAUUUCAACUGAAGACAAAGAUCUUAUAUCAUUUAGUCUAGGAGUUUUAGUAAAUGUGUGUUGUAAAAACAAAUUUGCCAUGUUUACUCUUGUGAAAUGUACACAUUCGAAAUCCUUCAUGCGUCUACUUUUAAAAUUACAAUCUGAUGAUAUAUUCAUCAAAGUUCAAGUGUAUAAAUUAUUAUUAGUUUUAGAACAAGUAUCUGGUCAGAUACCCGAUGUCGAUGUUAACAAUUUAAUUGAUGUAACAUUUGUUGUUUUGGAAGAAGGCCUUAAACUAAAAAAUGUGUUUGUUCUACGCCACGCAGUAGACUUUUUUAUUGAUAUAAGUGCACAUUCACGUUGGAAAAAUUCUGUUUUAGAAUAUAAUGGCUACAAAACAAAUUUAAUUAAAAUAUUGGAAUCUACAAACAAUUUUAAACACAUUGAGAAGUCUCAAAACAAUUAUCAGAUUACAUUACAAAGUGUAGACUUAGUUUUACAAUUUGUUCAUCAUGUUAUUCAAUUCAAAAAUGAAGAUUUAAUAAUAUUAUAUCCUAAAAUUAUAAUGUACAUUUUGCAUUGGACUCAAUUUUCAAAUCUUCAAAAACAGGCAAUGUCAAUUUUACAAACAAUAAUUAUUAAUGUGAGAAGUUAUGAAAGUUGCAUGGAUCAAUCCCUUAAAUGUGAUAUUCAUGAAAAUCUGGAAAAGAGUUUAAAUGUAUUGCUAAUUGUUUUAUUCGAACCAAAUACAAAUGUAGAAAAUGAUUCAAUUACAUGUACAUGGAAUAAAUAUGCAAUAUGCUUGAGACUUCUCCAAGAAAUGUUGAAGAUGAAAAAUCUAUAUAAAAUAAUGGAAGAAAAACUUCAUAUUUCUUCUCUUCAGUCUUUAUUUCAUUCUCUGAUAUUGGUUGAUAUUAACAAUUUGAAUAAUUUACAAAAUAUCACAAAUGUAUACAUUGAAGCGCUGUGUUUUCUAUCUGAAUUACUGGCUAAAAAUCCUACGUGGAUGUCUUUAUAUUCUGAAAUAUUGAAUCAGAAACAUGUAUAUCAUGUACUUGCAUUUAUAAUUUAUAAAGGUUCAAAAAAUAUGAAACAAAAAGUAUUAGAUCUCAUAACUAAAUUUUCACAACAAAGUACUUUAAUGUUAUCUGAUUGCUUGGAAGAAAUUGAUCAAUUAUCUUCAGCUAAAGUAAAAAAUGCGACAACUAUAAAUUCAGAUGAGACUGAAAUAAAGCCAUUAUAUUCAUUUGCUCAAGAAGAACAAUUAAAAGUGUUCAUUGAUAAAUUAGAAAAUAUAUUCAAUUCUAAUGAAAUUCUUAAUAUAAAAACAAGUAAUGUUAUUACAUUAUAUCAGUACAAAAUGAAUACAUUAAAACAAGCUGAAGUGUGGUUAAAACAAAGUCUUGAUAAUGCUUCUGAAGAAAUAACACGGUUAAAUUAUAAAUUAGUUUGUUUAAAUAGUGAAUCAGUGCAACUGAAUCAAAUGAUAUUAGAUGUUCAUCAAGAAAUUGAAGAGUUAACAGUAGAAAACAAAGAUCUAAAAAGAAAAUUAAAUAAUAUUACUGAACAAUUUACUACGACUAGUAAUAACUUUGCAAAACUAUCUCGAAAUUAUGAAUCAAAACGUCAAAUUAUUGAAGAGCAGAAUUCUUCAAUAAAAAACCUUGAAAAACAAUUAGAAGAGCUACAUUUAGAAAGCAAUAAAAUGAAAGCUGAUUUACUGGACCAAUUAAAAAAUGAAAAAACUGAAAAUAAAAUUCAAAUUUCAAAAUUGGAACAACAAUUAACAGAAAAACAAAGUAUUAUAAAUGAAAAAUCUGAGGAAAUCAAUAACAAAAUAUCAUUUAUUAGAAAUCUAGAAAAUAUUGGCUUAGAAAAGGAUAAAGAUAUUAUUGAUUUGCGCAAACAACUACAAGAACAACAAAGAGUUCGGGAAAUGAUAAGUCAAAUGUUGGCUGCUACAUCCACUAAACCUUAA